CUCUAGUUAGUACUUCAGUGAAGGAAGCUGAGUGGCUCUACCAUCUGGAUGUGAGAUGGGGCUCCUGCCCUGCUGUGGCUGCACGUGCUGGUGGGUGCCCUGGGCUGAUGAUCCGGAGCUGUGACUCCCCUGCGGUAAAAACAGAGGCUGUCAGGAGCUGUGCAAGCCUCCUGCUCCCUGACAGCCAGGAAUGUACAGGGGAAUGCUGCGUCCUGUUGGAGCCUCUUUUCAGGAUAAGCCCUGAACCACCUAUGAGUGGUAAAAGAAGAUCCUCAUGGAUGAUGCCCAGAGCACCCCAAGGAAACGCUGCCCUUCCCAGGGCACUGCCUAUCUCCAGCUGUGCUGAAGAUGCCAUUGAGCAGCUGGAGCUGGGCUUGGGUCCCUCCCUGGUUUUUGUCCUAUAUCCAGAUUGCAAACAAGAAGUGCAAUAAUGAGAGGUUGACUGAUGCACCAGGGAUCAGCAAUUUGCAGGCUGAUUAUUUUGCUUAUGAUGCCGAGAGGACUGGACUUGGGCCUUGCAGCUAAUGUGUCAGCAGGGCAACCAGUGACACAGUUGCUGCUCUUGUUUUUUCUCAUUAUUUUAAUUUUUGUUUCCCCACUCACGUCUCUCUGUUGGACUUCUCAUGCUUUUAUAUGUUUGAAGGUGUUUCUCUCAGCCCCCUCCAUUCAGGUGCAUUUCCCCACUCUUAGUUUUGUGGUCUGUCUCAGCUUUUUUCUUUUUCAUGUUUUACAGAUUUGAGUUUCCUUUCUUCUGCUCUAUUCAGGCAGGGGAUAAAACCCCAUAUAUAUCAUAUGCCCAAUGGUAAGUGUGAAUUGGACAAAUUUGCAGAUCCAUUGUUUUAUCAGCAGCAGAAGAUUAGGUUUCUUGUCCUGUUAAAUCACUGUGCUUCAGCUAGUUCUGUUUUCCUCUUCAUUUUUUCAAGCAACAACCCCACAAAGAACAGCUUCUGCCUGGAAGCUUGGUUGGGAUGGCCACAAUGUUUAAAAGACAUCAUCUUCCAGCUGUAAACAAUGUCAUUUAUUUAGUUAGACAGGCUUUACUGCAUUAUUACUAGGGGCCAAAAGCUGAUUUUCACCCUGAGAGCAGCAGUGACAACAACUUGCCAAAGGGCUUGUCCCGAGAGUCCUGGACGGAAGGUGGAGACGCACGCUACUUGCUCCAUCCAGCUGCUUAUGUUUGGGGCCAUGCCCAAGGUUUUGGUGGGUUAUUGUUAUUGUUAUUCUUAUUAUUAUUAUUUUUUUUGUACUCCUGGCUCAGUGGGACUGCUCCUUCAAGGCCAUCACUUUGGAGGGGGUCCCGCUUGCUGGGAUCUCUGUGGUUUCUCUUUUGGAGGGGUGUCCCGCUUGCUGGAAUCUCUGUGGUUUCUCUUGCCUCCUGCUGCAGCACAGCUAUGAAUAUUCAUUGCUCCAUGACUUUGCCUGUGCAUCCCUGUGAAGCCAGCAGGUUUCUGCUAGUCUCUGUGCAGGACGUAUCUGUUAAGAAUGGUCUCACCUUCAGCUGAGGUUUUGUAGCUCAGGCUGAAGAAGAUGGAUAGCUUCCUCUGGUGUCCUUUUUAUUCUACCCAGGCUUCAGUUCUGGUUGUAAUUCCAGAAGUGGUGCCGUGUUCAAGCCGGUAUUUAAGCCCAGUUCUUGCUCUAAUUCUCCUUGAUCUCGUAUUGGAAAUUUUCAGAGACCAAAAGCAUGCAGCUCUUAGAGCUCGUCAUUGCCAGAUGUUGCUUAAUUGGACUAAAAUACACUGGUGAAACAGGACAACACAGCUGCAGAAUGUCUCCUUGCUUCAGAGCCUGUAGGCCCAAGGAAGCCCAUAAGUAUCAAAAUAACCACAUUUUUAUACCUUGUCAUGAGUUUAGCAAUUCCAGCUGCUCCCUGCAAGGAUUCCACAAUGCAUGGGGGUUAGCAUUUAAUGGAAAUGCUGAGCUGCUGCAGAUCUUCUGUUAAAAUAUAUUCCACUCAUUGCAUGACCAUUAUGGUGUUUUGUAUUUUCUUCAGUGACUGAUUUAUCUGACAUUUGGGAUUUGUAGCCCAGCACACCCACUUCAGAAAUUGUUUGUAGCUGAUGUCAAGAUCUUUGCCUAAACACUGUAGAUUUUAAUGAACUGUAUUCUCUUUACAGGAUUGAAGUUCGACACAGGAACUCCAAACAUCUACUUCAUAUUGCUAGUCUAAUAACUUAAAGGAGCAAUACUUGCUUUCUUUAAACUUCCUAGUGGACAAAGGUUGGGUAAGCAGAAUCACUGAAUAGCUUUGUUGAUUAAAAGAAGGGUUAAAUAAGUUGGAAUACCCAAGCGUCAGGAAUAUUCUGACUUCCCCAAAGCUUUAUCUAGUUGAUGAACUCUCUUUCAUGUGUAUUUCAGCUUUUUUGGUACAUAAGAGAAAUCCCUGACAAAAAUAGUUAAAAAUGAUGCUUGCAAUGAGUAUAGUUCAAAAUAUUAAAAAUAGGAAGAUUUUUAAUUUUAAUCUCUGGAAAGAGACCCCUGGGUACUCCGUAACUCUAUAAACUGGCCAUGGAGACCUAGCUCUUCCUAAAAAAAUCACUUUGAGACCCUAAAAGAAAAGUGAAAUAUGCUCCUACAUCCUUUAAAUGCUGGGUUAUAUAAACAUAUUUAAAUUGUAAUAAAAGAGAAGUUAGACAAGCGGAAGCUCUCUCCCACAAGCUGUGGGCAUCUUGAUUUCUGCUGUUCAUGACAGCAACUGCUCAGGGAGAAGUGAGCAGAAGAAAAUUGUCAGGGAUGAAAAAUUGUUCUUUAUGAAAGCUGAAUGUGUGUUGUCAUUGUGAUCUGGCUGAGCAGGUCUCAGUUGCUGGAAUGCUGUGCUUCGGCCAUGGCAGCAUUGUGGGAUUUAGGCUCUACGCCCACUGUGGGCAAGCCUGGGUGCCUGGUGGUUUAUCCUUACAUGGGACCACAGCUUGAAGCACUCAGCAAUGGCGCUCUGGCCAAGUCCUGCUGUCUUCAGCAAGGCUGGGAGUGCUGGUGUGCUCCCCCUGAGAGCCAGCAGUGGUACCAGGGCAGCUGUGUGCUCGCUGCCUUUGAUAACUAUGGGGGAAGCACGUUUUCAAAGUCACUUACGUGCUUGUUUUCUUUACUACUUUUAGUAACUUGUAAAAUGCUUACUGCCAAUUAUUUGAACAAACAAUGUCAUGGAGGAUAUCUCAGUCUUGGCAGUGCUAUCAGCUGGACACAAACAUCUCGUAAAAGAAAUGCUUUGGAAAAGUUUUCAGCAUGCUGGAAACGGAAAGGACAACCCUCUUCCCUCUGAACUGCCUCUGCCAUGCUCUAGACACUGAAAUGCCUCAAAACCUGACUUAUUCCAGCAGAUGGAUGGGACCAGAGCACUGAUGGGUCCUAGCUGGGUGACCCAUGUGCUCACUGCUUUGCUGCUGUGCAGUGGAAAAUCAGGACUUUCCCCAGGCCUGUUCAGUGCUUCCAUGCGAAAUUGUGGCUUCAGGAAGGAAAGUGAAACACUGACCAAGUUCUUCCCUUUAAAAAUGCUAGUAGUUCUCCCUCCUGGCCAAAACACUGGGUUUGGAGACACCCACUGUCACAACUGAUCAUGCUUCAGAGGUACGUGAGAAAGUGAGAUCGUAUGUACGUACGUAAGAUCCAGCACAUGAAAGCAAGAACCACAGAUGCUGGGUGUGAGCAGGACCAUCAGUUUUCAACUGGUUGCUGCUCACGACUGCUUUACUCCCUAAGGCCCCAAAAAGGAUGCAAGAAAGCAGCCUUCUCUGCAGGAGUGCUCUGGGGCUGGGGAAUGACAAGGUAGGUACUCCAAUAUUACUUGCAAGACUGAGCAAUCAGUCUCUAAAGACACCCUUAAACAAACAUGUGGGAAGGAAGAAUGCAUAUAAAAGUUUAUGGAGUGCUGGGAGAACCCAGCUGCAGGCAGGGUGGUUUUGGUGAGUUUGUGUAAAAGGCCUGUUGUAUGGCACAAUGCAAAUGCACUGUCCAGCACGAUGGAAAUCAUCAAUUCCAUGGCAGUGUGUGUGUGCUGGGUCCCCAGCUCCUGCCACCAGCUCCAGGACCAGGGAGUCAGUGUGUCCUGCUGUAAAUCAGCACCAAAGGGGUCAGAGCCACAUUGACCUCCGUUGGGUUAUGAAUCCCGAGGAGCACAUUUGUGAGAGAGUUUUUUGUCCCCUCUUCCUUUCUCUGAAAGAAACAAAUCAAUUCCAUGGAUACAGUCUGUAUCUGGAUCCCACAUUGCUUUGAGGAUUUGGCAGGCUGGCAGUGUUGAACCUCAAGAGCUGGCUCUGACAGUCUGCUGGUACAGUUGGAUAUAUUGUCUGUUUGGAAUAUUCCAGCCCUGACAGCAGCACUUGCCUGCAAAAACCAAGACCCAGGACUUGGAAGGCAUUAAUUUUUUACUUUUAAUUUUUUUUUAUUUUAUUUUUUAUUUUUUUUAAUGUGCACAACUGAUCAGAUGUUGCUAUUUGUAUUGUGUGUAUUUGUGGUUUUUGUGGGUAUUUUGGGUUUGUUGUUGUGGUGGGUUUUUUGUUACUUUUUUUUUUUAAUUGUUGUUGCUGCUUUUUAAACACUUCUAGUAACCUCUUCAGGUGUAUGGGCUUGAGGACACAAAGGUAAACCUGAGUGCUGCGUACAAACCUGUGGCAAAAUUCCUUGCUUCUCUUGAAUGGUGAUUUGUUCUUUUUCUUGGUACAAAAUACAUACAUAUAAUCCUUCCCCAAAUACAUGCCCUGGGAAGAACUAACUCCUCAUCAUUUAAAAUAAAGCAGGUGAUCUUGUGUUAAAAUCUCCCAGCUUUUGUAACUUUGCAGCCAGAUGAAUUGUAUUAUAAAAAGCCUGAAGACUCUACUGCUGUGCUGGGCUCUGAUGCAGUGGAUCUAUGCGCUGGAUUUACCAGCCUGGCUGUGGGAGCUGAACAAACGUCCUGGAAGCUCAGGGGGCAUCAGCUCAGCUGCAGAACUGCGUGGCAAAAAGUUGGCUUGUGCGUGGACAACUUGGGUGUCCAUAUUGGGUGUACCUUCUAUUUCACAGCCAUUUGUAUCCAGGCAAUGCUCAGAAAUAGUAAGUGGAAGAAAGAAGUAGUGUCAGAAACAGAAGAGAGAAAGGGGUAUGUACAUUGGCCAAAUGGAGCUUUGGGGUGAGAACUUAGGAUCAGAUAAGGAAUUGGAUACAUUGAGCACUGGCGGGGGGAAGAAUGGGAGAGGAUUUGGCAAAGAGCAGACCAAGGUGUGACCCCCAUUGCACCAGGUGCAUCAGGCUUGUCUUCUCAUCUACUAAGAGGUAUGAACCCAGCACAAAAUUUCAAACAGUUUUGGAGGUAAAACAGAAUAGAAACAGUUGGUAUCUGUAAGGAUCAAAAGUGCAUGUGGAAAGGAAAACAUAUUUGAAUGUAAACAAUUUGUGUUUGUUAUCUUUGAAAAAUAAACGUUCCCAUGCAUUUUACUCUUUCCCCUGCUUGCAAUGCGUUUUGGAUUUUUGAUGAGAGACAGAGUAGGAUCUUUCACUGGUUGUUAGUGUGCAAAGCAACCAGCAGCAAGAAUUCCUGGCUGAGGAUGUCUUGUCACGUACUGCUAGUAAAAAUUGAAUUAAUAUGGGUCAGAGUGAGUGCAGACAUCUCAGAUCACUCAACUGGGAGUCAGCAGCCCUGCAGACCCAAGGCAGGGUGUGCACAGGGGGGACUGGUGGCAAAGGUGCAUUUCUUUCCCUUUGCAGUCAGAUGUGCGACCACUGCACUUGCACAUCCUAUAUGCUCCUACUGACCUGGUUCAUAGAUGUUUGGUUUGAAGAAGAAAAGAGUUCUUGCAGUGUGUCUCUAGAAGGUGCAUCAUCUGUUUAACGCCUCUUGAACAAAACAGCAAGUCUCCUGGUAGUGGUUGUAAUAUACAGGAACUGAGUGCAAAUCUCCAUCUUAAAGUUUUUAGUUAAGUCUUGACUUUUUCAACCUUCAACCUAGUAUGGAUGUUACUGUCUGCUUUACAAGCUUUCUUCAUAUUUUGUUGAGUAAUGCAAAUUACAGUGGUGCCAGGUUGUUUACUCUUUCCUUUGCCUUUUCCAUGAAAACCUCGAAUGACAGUGGGAAGGAAUGAGUGGGGAAAGAAGAAGGGAUGACCCAAAAUCAAAAUAAGUAUCUAUGGAAUGAGUGACUGUGUGCAUUGAAGAGUUUCAUGUGUAUCUCCAGAUGACAAGGAUGUGCUGACAUGUAUGUUGUCUGACUCUGGCUAUGACACACAGUGCCUGAGCCUUUGAGACAGAUAAGGUCUCCCAUCCUGUGCAGUGAUUUGAUAUUACCCUCCUUCGAGACAGCUGUGAGGUUUGGGUCUGUUUCUGUGUUAUCUGCUCUCAGCAUGUCAUUUCAUUGAGCUGUUUCAGCUUUCAUUCCCUUCCAGUGUUUGCCCCAAGCACAGGCAUUAUGCCUGUUUGCAGCCUGACAGUCCUGACUGCUUUGUCGUUGUGUUCAUGAAGUGGUAAAUCAGCUGCACUGUGAUAAAUAGAAAUGCUGCAUGGGAUUCCCCUUCUUUAAAUAACCUCAUCUCCUUUUUCACAGAAAAUGUCAAGACCUGGUCUCUUCGUAUGAGGAAGGUAAAGCCAAGAGCUGCCAAGGACUCCUCUCACUCUCUUGAGAAGUAGUGCUCUCUUCCAGGGCAUGUAUAUGAAUUUGCUGAUGAGCUUUUCCAGCACCCUCUGCAGCUCUUUCUGGGUCAAAGACACAGGUGGGUAGAAAUGUUUGUCCUCCACAGCCUGCUCAGCCCUUGGUUCCUCUGAAGAUGCUGGCAAAAGGCUAUUUUCUCUGUUGCAUCUCUCUUCUGGGUCACCUUUGUGUCAGCAGAGCUGAUUAUAGAGCCUGUGAUGCCUCUGGUGUGUUGCACAGCCCCAGAGCAAGGGCAGGCACUGGGGUUCCACCAGAUCAUCACAGUUGGAUAACCCUCACUGCGAGACUGUGCCAGUGUUUAAAGAAUGCGAUGAGUUUGGGUCCAGCUGUGGCUGGUGAUGGAUGGCCAGCCAACAGCACCUGGCUGGGGCAAAGGGACACAUCACUGGCAAGGACUUCUGUGGGUGCUUUCCAGGUGGCACAUGCAGCCUUACCUGAGGAGCACAGCACACGUGUCCCAAGUAGACAGGAUGCUGCUGCAGAGGAAAUCGCACUCAGAAUAUCAGGGCAAAAUGUUCAAGGCUUAUGGUUGCUUACUUUGCGUCCGUGCUUGUUCUCCAGCAGCCGUCUUGUUGCUCCUUCCAGGGAGAGGUGGCUGGGGCCAGGUGGAGCUUGUGACGCAGGGAAGAAGCAGAUGUGAAAACUCAGUGUUGUGUGAAUGGGAAGUCAGAGUAAGCUGUGCUGAUCUGCUCUUUGUGGCCUCAGAGCCAAGCCUGCUCUCUGCCACGUGGAUUUGUCCUGCUGCCCUCCUCGACUCCAGCAGCACGCAUGUCUUUGCAAGGACUUGAGCAGUGGCUUUCCCGUCCUACUAACUGUGAGAUGGGAUCAGAUCCUUACACAGGCAAUACUGAUGUGAAUGCUGUGAAGUUCCUCUGCUUUCUGCCUCUGCGUGUUCACAUUAAGCUCAGCUCUGCCAGGACUAACAGCCUAUUCCACUCUCAAAUGUGUCAGAAAGUGCCGGGGCUCCAUCAAGUGCACAGGAAUCCCCCUGUCCUCAGACACACGUGAAUCCUUGCACAGAGGCUCGCACAUGUUGCAUGUACACCUGGGAGGCAGACUGCAGUUGCAUGUGGGUGUAUUCUCCUGGCUCACAAGCUGCAGUAGGAAACAGCAGAUAUAUUUGUGUGAAUUUCCUUUUUCUUGCUUGCUUUUUUUUAUUUGGUUGUCCUGUUCCUCUCUCCUGAUUUACUGCAUGCACUCACGUGGCCUUCAAAAAGGGGGGGUUCUCAAACUGUUUUGCUUCCAAAAGGAAAAGAAACUGGCAGGCAUUCAUAUUUCAGUUCUCGAGUUAUGUAGGUUCAAGUCUCCCAGUGGGAAAACUGAAGAUAUGAGAGAGCAGAUUGCUGGUGGUUAUACUCGCCAGAAGGAAAGAGGAAAAAAGGAGCGUGAAAUUCUAGAGCUACAUCCAGGCAAAUGUGAAGUUUGAGAGGUGAGCGAUGUGAUAGAAAAGUGCUGCUAGCACAUGUGUUUCCUGCAAAACCUCCCUUUCCACCAGCACCAACAUGCAGAAAAACUACUCCCUGGUCACCACCACCGGAGAAACUCUCCAAGUCCUUUAUACAGCACUGACAAACUCAUCGGCUGCAUUGCACUCAGCCUCUCCCUGCCCACUUACUUCUUCAAAUUAUGAGUUUUCACUAAUUCCAGCACUCUUCUCUGUGGUUUUUGCUCUGGGGUUGGUUGGCAACAGCGUGGUGGUUGUGGUGCUUUGUCGUCACAGGGGCCCCAAAACAGUGGCUAAUAUCUACAUUUUCAACCUGGCCUUGGCUGAUUUGCUGUGCCUCGCCACCCUUCCCUUCUGGGCUACCUACUAUGCGCAGAGGUACAACUGGCUCUUUGGGUCUCUCAUGUGCAAAAUCUCCAGUUCUGUCCUGUGCUUGAACAUGUUUGCGAGUAUAUUUUUCAUUACAUGUAUGAGCAUGGACCGGUACCACGCUAUUGUUCAUCCUAUUCGUUCUCAAAGAAGAACUCCACAACAAGCUCGUUUUAUAGCAUUGGUUGUGUGGGGCCUUGCCUCUUUGUCCUCCCUUCCAACAUUUUAUUUCCGUGACACUGACUACAUUGAAAGCUUGGGUGUCAAUGCUUGCAUUAUGGCCUUUCCUCAUGACAGUUAUGCAAAAUGGUCUGUGGCAACAGCCUUCCUGAAAAAUGCACUUGGCUUCUUCAUCCCCUUGACAGUGAUCACCACGUGCUACAUCUGGAUCAGGAGGCACUUGCUCAAAGCACAGAAGUUUGGGAAAAACAAGCAGAAGAGGGACAAAGUCCUAAAGCUGGUGGCUGCUGUUGUUGUGGCCUUCUUAAUUUCCUGGCUCCCAUUCCACAUUUUAACGUUUUUGGAUGCCUUGGCUCAUAUGAACAUCAUUAACAACUGUGAAAUGACAGAGAUCAUCGACACAGCACUGCCGUUUGGCAUCUGCAUGGCAUUUACCAACAGCUGCAUCAAUCCUUUGCUGUACUGCUUUAUUGGGAACCAGUUCCAGGAGAAGCUCCAUCACUUAUUUAAGCGAAGAGUUUAUCAGUUCAACAGCCAUCGAGAGAGCUCUUCUUUGAGGAAAGGGAGCUGUUUCAAAGAUGCUGAGAUCCCUGUGGGCAGGGAAGUGGGGCCUGAGCCCUUCCUGUAGGCACUGGGACGUGAUGUGGGGUGAUGUCAGUGCAGCUGGCUGUCCCUGCAGUGGUGACACUCCUGUCUCCUGUUCCCUUUAUUUUGUGCCCGUUCAUUCACCAGCUGUUUGAAAAAGAAUCUGUUUUUCUCAUACAUGGGGAUUUAUUCUUUCUUCUUUUCCGCAAUGAGCACUCAGGUCUUACAUAGAGGGAAGAUUCUGGCAAAUAAAUAUGGCUUUUUAAAUAUCAUCUUGUGCAUGGCCAAGAUCGGGCAAGUACUUAGUGUAACACAAAAAGACAAAAUAUACCAAAAGGCCAUUGUAUGAUAGCUGCAAUUGUGUCAGUGCUGAGUAUCAUACCCUAAACUGAUUUUCUAAAAUAUAUUCUCACUAGAGAUUGUGUAAAUAAAGCAGUGCAGAUGCUUCUGCACGUAGCUGUAAGAAAAUAUUUUGACCUGUAUUUAUAUAUAUAUACAAAUAUCAUUUUUUAAAAAAUACAUGGCUAGCAGUGUCAUGUGUAACAUGCAUCAAAUAUACCUCCUGUCUGCUUAGCCAGGGCCCCUGAGAACAGGUGGAGACAUGGUUCUCCAAACUGCUGGAGGCAGGAGAGUAUCCUUGAGGGAAAGUACAACCACAUGCGUGUUUUUAUACUUAUAGCAGGUAACAGGUUCUUAGGUUUGAUGGUCCUUUGCUGUCAUUCAAUGUGGUCACUUCUGACAGCAUUGCUCCAGGAACUGAAUAUACUACAUCCUAUUGCUACAUGGCCAUGCUGAGUCUCAUGCACUGUCCAGUGGCCUUUGAGGGAAGGACUUGCUGGUUGUCUGGACUUUUUGUUGAUUACUAUUGUAAUUUUGGGGUAUUGGGUGCAGAAAGCCUAUGUGACUCUGUCUUAAUACCCAAAAGCAAAAUUGUGGUGUGACUCCUAAGACUGGCUCACAUCUCAGUAUGAGCAUUUAUUUAUUUGUAAAUAAAAGAAA